AUGCCUCCCGAGUAUUCUUCAAUUUUGAGGGAAAUGGUCAAUAGCAGGAACAUUUCGUUGGUUAUCCAGGUCUUUGUUCUCGUUUGGUCGCCACAUCGGCAGGUCAAGGCGUCAACCUCAGGCCCAGUUAUUAGUCCAUUAGGCAGAACUGCUCGCGGUGGACGUAACUGGGAAGGAUUUAGUGCUGACCCAUACCUGGCUGGAGUGCUUGUAGCCGAGAUAAUUCAAGGCUUACAAAUGUCGGUGAAGCACUUCAUAGCCUACGACCAGGAAACUGCCAGAGGGGCCGAGGGGAAUAAUGCCUCUUACUCGUCCAAUAUUGAUGACAAAACCAUGCAUGAGCUGUACCUCUGGCCAUUCGCGAACGCGGUCUAUGCGGGAGUUGGCUCAGUCAUGUGCUUUGCGAACGCCGGGUUAGACAUGGCGAUGCCGGAUUCACCCUACUGGCAGGGUAAUCUGUCUCUUGCCGUGGCAAAGGACACAAUGUCGCAGGAGACACUAGGCGAUAUGGCCACGCGGAAUAAGCUCCGGGAAUCAACUAUACAUCCGGAAGAGUAG